AUGGUGAUGGCUGCUGCAGAUUCACAGUUUCAUGUUUUAGCUGUUGAUGACAGCCUCAUAGAUCGCAAACUGAUUGAGAGGCUCCUCAAGACCUCUUCAUAUCAAGUUACUACAGUUGAUUCUGGUAGCAAGGCUCUAGAGUUUCUGGGUUUGUAUGAGGAUGACCAAAGCAGUCCAGAUUCACCUUCUGUUUCCCCAAGCAAUCAACAGGAAGUGGGAGUGAAUCUUGUUAUUACAGACUAUUGUAUGCCUGGCAUGACAGGAUAUGAUUUGCUCAAGAAAAUCAAGGAAUCUUCAUCUCUGAGAAACAUACCAGUUGUGAUCAUGUCAUCUGAGAAUGUGCCUUCAAGAAUCAACAGAUGCUUGGAAGAAGGGGCUGAAGAAUUUUUCUUAAAGCCAGUGAGGCUAUCAGACUUGAGUAGGCUUAGACCCCAUAUCAUGAAAACCAAGUCCAAGGAUCAAAACCAAGGAAAGGAAGAAAAUGAAGAAAAACAAGAAGAAUCAUCUGAAAGCUCAGAGGCUUCACAGGAGCAGGAUCAACAAGUAGUAGAUCAACAUCAACAACAACAACCACCCCCAGUACCAGCAAACAGUAACAAGAGGAAGGCCAUGGAAGAGGGGCUUUCACCUGAUAGAACUAGACCAAGAUACAAUGGCAUAACCACUGUGGUUUGA